CCCUUGCUGCCGGUGGGUACCUAACCUCGGAGGCCGGCGGGGGCCAAGCCCGGGGGCCGUAACCCGAGCCCCGCUGACACAACCCAUAUUUGCAUAAUUCGGUACCCCCCUUCUUUCGGACUCAGGGCUGGAGAUGCGAGUCGGGCUACCCUCCGAGGCGUCGUCUUGCCGGUGGUCAUCACGGGGGCCGCGGGACCUGCCGGAGCGCAGGCGGAGCGGGCUGGCGCACGUGCUGUCUGACAACAUCUAUCCGGUGGAGGACCUCGCCGCCACGUCGGUGACCAUCUUUCCCAAUGCCGAACUGGGAAGCCCCUUUGACCAGAUGAACGGAGUGGCCGGAGAUGGCAUGAUCAACAUUGACAUGACUGGAGAGAAGAGGUCCUUGGAUCUCCCAUAUCCCAGCAGCUUUGCUCCUGUCUCUGCACCCCGAAACCAGACCUUCACUUACAUGGGCAAGUUCUCCAUUGACCCCCAGUACCCUGGUGCCAGCUGCUACCCAGAAGGCAUCAUCAACAUUGUGAGUGCAGGUAUCCUGCAAGGGGUCACCUCCCCAGCAUCCACCACGGCCUCAUCCAACGUGACCUCAGCUUCUCCCAACCCACUGGCCACUGGACCCUUGGGUGUGUGCACCAUGUCCCAGACCCAGCCUGACUUGGACCACCUCUACUCUCCACCGCCGCCUCCUCCUUAUUCUGGCUGUGCAGGAGACCUCUACCAGGACCCCUCGGCGUUCCUUUCAGCAGCCACCACCUCCACCUCCUCCUCUCUGGCCUACCCACCACCUCCAUCCUACCCGUCCCCCAAGCCAGCCACGGACCCAGGUCUCUUCCCCAUGAUCCCAGACUAUCCUGGAUUUUUCCCAUCGCAGUGCCAGAGAGACCUACAUGGUACAGCUGGCCCAGACCGCAAGCCCUUCCCCUGCCCCCUGGACUCCCUGCGAGUCCCCCCUCCACUCACUCCACUCUCCACCAUCCGAAACUUUACCCUGGGGGGGCCCAGUGCUGGGACCACAGGGCCAGGGGCCAGUGGAGGCAGCGAGGGACCACGGCUACCUGGCAGCUCGGCAGCGGCUGCUGCUGCCGCCUAUAACCCACAUCAUCUGCCACUUCGGCCCAUUCUGAGGCCUCGAAAGUACCCCAACAGACCUAGCAAGACCCCAGUGCAUGAAAGGCCCUACCCUUGCCCAGCAGAAGGCUGUGACCGUCGCUUCUCCCGCUCAGAUGAGCUCACAAGGCACAUCCGAAUCCACACAGGGCAUAAGCCCUUCCAGUGUCGGAUCUGCAUGCGCAACUUCAGCCGCAGCGAUCACCUUACUACCCACAUCCGCACCCACACUGGUGAGAAGCCCUUCGCUUGUGAUUACUGUGGCCGCAAGUUUGCCCGGAGUGAUGAGAGGAAGCGCCACACCAAGAUCCACCUGAGACAGAAGGAACGCAAGAGCAGUGCCCCAUCCUCAUCAGUGCCGGCUGCCUCUACCGCCUCCUGCACUGGUGGCGCACAACCUGGGGGGCCCCUGUGCAGCAGCAACAGCAGCACUAUUGGUGGAGGGUCCCUCGGCCCUUGCUCAUCUCGGACCCGGACACCUUGAAAUGAGACUCAGGCUGACACAGGAGCUCCUUGAGGCCCCAGAGGCCCUUUGUCCACUCGAGCUGCACGACAAACACUACCACCCAUUCCUGCCCUUCCUUCGUUUUGUUGGGCAAAGGGCCUUGGUGGAGCCUAGCACUGCCCCAACCCCCAUUUCCACUUAGAAGCAGGACCUUCCUAAAACUUAGCCCACCUUAGUCUCUCUUAGGUGAGUUGACUGUCACCCCAAGGUAAUGGGGAGGCUCAAAAGGAGGUUGGGUGGAGGGCCUUGGCCUAGAGGGCUGAGGCCUGACCCUACUUUAAAGGGUUGUUUGACAAAGUUUUGCUCCCCCCCUCCCUUAUUUUGACUGGUUAUAGGUUUUUGACUCUGGAUGACAGCAUUGAUGAGACUUUUUCUACAGUAGGUUGGGAGAUGCUGAUCCCUUCAGGUGGGGACAGCAAAGAGACAGAAGCAAAACUGAUAUGCACUUUAUGGCUUGGGACUGAUUUGAGGGAUGCUGUACAGUGGGUGAAGCAUGGCCUUUAUGCUGCAUUCUGUGGCCCUAGAACAGUGAAUUAAAGCUUAUCUAGUCAUCUCAACCCUUUAAGCAAUAUGUAUUAUAAACUCAGAGAACAGAAGUGCAAUGUGAGGGGAGGGACAUAGCAAUAUCUGCUCCUUUUUGAGUUGUUUGAGAAACGUAAAAGACUAUUUUUUCAGUGUAUAUCCAUUUAGAUUUCGUGUAUUUUUGAUGUGCACUGUUCUCCAAGUUCUGAACCUUUGGGAAAAAAAGUAAAGCAUUUAUGAUCUCUUGAAUUGAGUCAGAGCUUAACUUAUUUAAAGAGGGAUGUACAUAUAUUCUCUGAAACUAGGAUGCAUGCAAUUGUGUUGGAAGUGUCCUUGGUGCCUUGUGUGAUGUAGACAAUGUUACAGGUCUGCAUGUAAAUGGGUUGCCUUACUAUGAAAAAAAUCACUCCCUGGGUUUAGUAUGGCUGUACAUUUCUGCCUAUUAAUAUUUGGAUUUUUUUUUUUUAGAAAAUAUAUUUUUGUAUGCUCUGUUUUGUGACUUAAAAGUGUUACCUUUGUAGUUGAAUUGCAGAUAGGAAUGUAAAUACUUACUGGAGCUGACUUGUUUGGUUAUUAGCUUUUAAUAGUUGUGGAAAUCUAAAUGAUUUAUUCUAACACAAAACCACUAACUAAAGUUCAGAUAAAGAAUGGUUUAUGACUAUAGUGUAAAUAAAUACUUUUCAACAAUAUUCUUGCUGCAGAAAUUAUUUAUGAAAGAUUUACUGGGUGGGACUUCAACAGUACCCAGUGGAUUUUAGUUCUUUGACCAAGCCAGGAUCUCCCAAGUUUUCUUUGCUAGCCUUUCAACACCAGUCCUCUUGCCCCAAAGCAAUCUCCAUUCAUAAUCAAACACUAGCGUUCUGGGGAUUUCCCCAAUGCAUUAGUGUAAAAGUGGGGAGGCGUUGUUUUGACUCAUUGUUCCGUCCUUUGUAACAGCCUAUAGCUUCUCUCAACUCCUGAGUGGGCUCUGGAAAAUAAAUACUUACAAACAAGUGCCCACUCGGAGACUAUACAUUUGCGGCUGCUUUCAGAACCCUGACCAGGGCCAGGAACUCAAGACGAGAUGUGGCUUUGUGGAAAGUGUGGUGGCGUGGUCAAGCUGGAAAUGACUUUCAGGUUCCAGGAUUAGUCUCAUGACCACAGAAAACUUUUUGAAAAGUGUUAUCGCCUCUUCAGAUCAAAAAUGCCCUCAGACACUGCCAAUGACAGCAUUAAUGGGGUGCCAAAGGAAUUACCCCCAGACUCAUUUCUCUCCAGCCUUGUCUCUCCAAUUACGCCUUUUGGGAAGGAUCAUUAUUCUGCCAUAUAUUUGGUGGGUCUAUCAAAAUACCCAGCUUUCUAGCUUAGAUGUAUACUAGCCUUAAGAAAAAAUCUCAAAGACAGUCUGAAUCAAACAGGCAAUUAUGGUCCUCCAUGGCACUAGAUAAUGGUUUGCAAAAAAAUACUCUAUCGGCGUUAUUUUACUGCAAGCCUUUUGUAGUGAUUUUAAAAUAUAAAUCCAUGCCCCCUCAAAAUAGUUAUCUACUUACCGUACAAGGCAGACUGUCCUUGAGAAGUUACUUUUACUAUAAAAUUGGGCCUAAGAAUUACUUGCAUUCACUGCUUCUGGAUCCUUACACAAGUGUAACAUGUUGAAGCACCCACUGUUGAGCUACACCAUCUGAAAAUCCUGUCACCUGUUUGUCCUUUGCCACUGUUACGUGGCCAGUGAUAGAUGACCUGUAUCUUCGAACAGCAGACAGUGACAGUCACUUCUGGCAACUACUUUUUGCCCUUAACAGCACUAGAAUUUGAAAUCUAGCUUAAGACAGUAACUAAGCCUCUUAUUACUCUCCAUCCUUUUCAAGAAUGCACAAUACCUCUUUCUUUAACUACUUAAUAGAAGUUUCUAAACUCCGGUGUCAGAUUGUUCGAGUGAUGGGUAUUAUUCUAUUAGAUUCAUAUUCCCUAGCUUGUCAGCAUAUUAUCAUCCUUAAUUGGCCAAUUUUGUUAAAGGAACAUGCAUAAAACAAUGCCACAUUUCGAUAAUUAUGUUUUAAUGAUACUACCCUACCAAAAUGUCAUUAAAAUACAGUGCACCUAAGUUUUAUGUGCUCUAUAAUUGCCUCACCAAAUUUCAAUUUCAGAGCAUCUUCAAUCAAGAUAACUAUUUACAAAGCAACAGACUAAAAAGUCUCUCUUUUUAAAAAAGGAUAAGAUGAGGAGUUCCAUGUGGGACAGUGGGAUAAGGAUCCAGCAUCGUCACUACAGCAGCUCAGGUAGCUGCAGGUUCAAUUCCUGGCCCACAAACUUCCACAUGCUACAGAUAAGGGAAAAAAAAAUCUUAAAAAGGAUAAUAUGAAAUACAUUUUGAUGAUAGUCAAAUCAGUUACAUAAUCACUCUCACCUUGAUGUGGGCUUGGUGAAGUGGUAGAACACACAAACCAUAAGAAUACACUGGUGUUUUUUGCAGAGCCAACCUUGUGGGUUUUCUCCUUGAUUGCAACAUGUUAGGUCAGAUUUUAUUUUCUGCUUGAAAUAUUCGGGGUGCUUAUCACAAGUGUCUCAUUUUUUUACUUUGUUCAAGACAUAAAGCAUAUAAAGCUAAGUCUGCUUUCUUUUAGCCAAUCUGCUUUAUUACAUAUUAUUGAUGUUUCAGCUGUUACUGGGAAUUCUUAUUUUAAUAAAAUUCUGGAGAGUAAUUCCUUAAAGGUCACAAUACGUUUGAGAUGGUUCAGUGCAUAUUAAAAAAUGGUUUAUCAAUUCUAAAUAAGUUUUCCAAUUAUUCAUAAACCAGGCUAUUUAAUUUCAAUAUCCUAAAAUUUGGGCAAACUGUUUGGUAUUUAUUGAAAAUGGCUGCAGUGAUUUUUAACAGUCCAAUACAAUUUUUUUUUUGGGGGGGGGAAGAAUGGUAUCAUCACAAACUACAAUUAAACACAUUUUAUAGAAAAAGGAAAGACAAGAAAAUAUUGAAGUCCAGAUUCUAUCCUACAUGGAUGAAAGUAUUUUUGUUUUCUUGCAUUAGCUUUAUUUCCCUAGGAUAAAUUUAAAGGAACUUGUUUUGUUGUUGCAGCAAAAUAAUAUGAUUACAUGUGAAAUAAUUUCAGAUGUGUUUUCAAUGAGGCUGUUCUGAAGAUCACUCUCAAGGAAAUAAACUAUUAAUUUUAAGUUUAUAUUAUUACUUGGACUUUAGAAUCUCCAGAAGGCCCCCAGUUUUUAGCACAACAUAAUCUUAUCAUAUAGAUUGCGAAUCUUUAACAGUAAUUAAAUAUAUCUUAAUAUUUUCCUUUUCCAUUUUCCAAUAAUCAAAUAAGAUUACCUCUACACAAUUUCAAACAUUCCUUUAUUUUCCAUAAGUACACUGAUUUUAAUCCAGAAAUGUAAAUAUCCCUGGAUCAGAAGAUUCAGCAACUAUAUGGAACUCAACAAAUGAUUUCCUUCUUUGACACACAUUGCAGGGUUAUGAUCAAUGGUCAGUUUCUGUUUGAAACCUGAAGUCCUGAAUUCAGAACACUGGAGUUACAGGAGUGGCACUGCUCUCAGGUUAGAGUUGAAUAGCAAUGGGCAGAGCCCUGAAUUAAAGAUAUAUUGCUUCUUCCUUGAGCAGUAGAGCUAGAGCACAAGAUUCCAAGUCAUUUGUAAUAGAUGAGUGAUGAGAGUCCUCCUGAGAUGCCUACAGAAAGGCACCUACAAGGCGACAAUGCAGAAGAAGUAAUAAAAGGUGUGCAUUUGGGAAGAAGUUAAGGGCUGUUAGGGUUAAGAGGCCAGAAAACCCAUUCCUGCUGACAAACGCACAUUACUUUCACCGUUUUUCAUUGAUAAACAGCAGUGGUAUAAACUCAAUCCAUGUAAAUCAGGCUUAAUAAAAAAUCAAUUCCCAUUAAAAUAGUAGGUAGAUACACAAUACUCUCCAGUGAUAUAACCCAGAGAAUUAAAAAACUUUAGGAGUAUUAGACAACUUUUCACCAUGAGAGGCAAUUAUUGCAUUUGUUACUCAACAGCAAAGUUAAGUGGUUAGUAUCAUUGUGCUCACUAGUCUCCGUAGGAGAAGACAAUCUUUUCCCACAGUUGUCACCCAUAUUGCAGGAAUAUCUGGAAACACAACAGCAGCAAAGUCAUGUCUAACAGUUUAUGCAGAAAGGUGCAAAGAUUUUCUGCACCACGUUUUGUCUUUGUAAUAACAGUGGCUCACUAAAACAAGUUAAUUUUGUUUUUACCACUAAUUGACUCAGAACUCGUUAGUGAACAAAAAGAUUCACUGUUCUUAUUGAACUAAAUUAAACAGAUAUUGCUGUUUUGGCCUGUGAUGAUUUCAGUUAGUCUUUUGAAAAGCACCUUAGUCUUUUUCAUUCAAUUUGCUUGUACGUGAGGACUUCAAAAUUUUUCACAAUAAAGUUUGGAAAAACAAUUCCUCCUUUAUUACUGUCCUACUGCCAGAAUGAAUUUUUGUAGGUAAUUUACUCCAGGUUGUAUUAUUAUACAUCACUAUCAACAAUCGUGACAAGUUAGUCAACUUUUUGCUACAAUGCAAUUCCAAACAGGUAGAUAUGUGAUUGAUAAUCACACACAUUCAUCACUGUGGUUUGAAAAAAACCCAUUUUGUGAAAAAUUUUAAAUUUUUU